AUUCAAUUGAACAACCAUGGGUGCCUUUGCCAAAAUCAAGUGCUUCUUAGCCUGUAUCAUCUUGUACUAUUCCGUCUACUUGUACAAUUACAAGUGUCCAACCUUUGCUUCCGUGGAUCCAAGCAUCAUUGAAUCCAAUCCAUUACACAGUGAACAAGUUGCUUUAUGUGAAUUAUUACAUUCCGGUGCCGACUUUAUCCAACCAUACCAUGCCAAAGUUCAUGAAGUCUUGGAUGAACACGUUCAUUCCCAUCCAUUGUUCAUCGAAUACAAGAUUAAGGAAAAGAUAGUUUCCGCCAGGGGUAAAAUCAGUUCUGUUGUUUGUCCAUUAGCUCAACAACUUUUCCAAGCUACUGAAAUUGCUGAAAUUCACGCUUAUGAUCAUCUCUCUAAGGUUUAUCAACAAGCUGCUGGUUUGUUAAAGAAGGAUUAAUUUGUUGAAGGAAGCAUAGAAAUCUGAAGUAUGUUUUGAUGAUUUUUAUAUUUUGUAUGAUAUAUCUAUAUACCCUCAAUGUUACUGAAAUUUUACUGUAAAUGGUUCAGGUGCAAAGAAUGAGAAGUGGUAUGUAGAUUUUUCAGAUGACAAACCUGUGUUUAUAGUAUACCCUGAUUUUUUUUUUUAGUUAGUAGCAAUGAAUAUACCAUGAAAUUUU